CGCAGUUGGCGUAUACGCUGUCGUCAAAAUGUCGUUAUUGUCACCCGAGAACUGCCAAUGUCCCUUCGAAGACUCCCCUUCAGCCCUAGCUGACGCUCCCCUCUACGGCGGCGCCAUGCUGUUCAUGGUGCUUCUUGAGAAGUACAUCAAAGGGCGCUGCGCCACCAACGACCCAUGCCAAAGAGUACAUUCCGUGGACACGGUCGCUGCCGACUACGACUUUAUAGUAGUCGGGGGCGGCUCGGCCGGCGCUAUAGUCGCGGGGCGCCUUACAGAGAAUACCGCGUUCAAUGUACUUCUUCUAGAGGCCGGUGGCGAAGCGCCCAUCGCCACGCAAGUGCCUUCCUUCUACACCACAUUCUGGGGCGACGCCCGCUAUGACUGGGGGUACCGAACCGUUCCUGAGGGCUACUGUCUCGACCAAGACGGCAAAGGCUGCACGUGGCCUAGGGGCAAGGUUCUUGGUGGUUCUAGCGUGCUAAACGGCAUGAUGUACCACCGUGGCCACGCGGCGGACUACGACGACUGGGUGAAAGCGGGGGCCACAGGCUGGUCCUGGGAAGAAAACCUGCCAUACUUCCACAUGAAUGAGGGCAACAAGCAGGUCGGCUCACUAGUGAGCGGGGACUACCACUCGGUUAAAGGACCGAUGCCAAUUCAGCAGUUCAGAUACCAGCCCCCGUUCACAUACGAGCUGCUGUCAGCCAUUAGCGAGGCUGGCCUGCCGGUCAUCGCCGACAUGAACGAUCCCGACACUCCGGAAGGAUUCGUCGUGGCACAGACCUUUAAUGAGAACGGGCAGAGAGUGACCCCGGCACGCGCUUACUUGAAGCCUCGCGCGCAACGUCCGAAUCUCAGCGUAAAGCUGAAUGUCAGAGUCACUAGAGUGCUGUUCGACGGCAAGCAAGCUACCAGUGUGGAGUAUGUAGACAAGGACGGCGCGAUACGCACCGUGCGGGCAAAGAAAGAGAUCAUCAUCAGCGCAGGCGCCCUAAACUCUCCUCACAUCCUACUCCACUCCGGAAUCGGUCCCCGCGACACGUUGGAAAAGUUCAACAUCCCCGUAAUAGCCGACCUGCCCGUGGGCAAGAACCUGCGGAACCACUACGGCUUGACGCUGUACUUCACGAUCACGAAGCUGAACAACACGAGGGACCUGAACUGGAGCGUGUUGACGCAGUAUUUGCUGGAGUUGAAGGGGCCGAUGACGGGUACUGGGAUUACACAGUUGACGGGGCUGGCGUACUCCUCGCUGGCAGACCGCAGCCUCAAGCAGCCAGACCUGCAGUUCUUCUUCAAUGGCUUCUACGCGGAAAAGUCCAUAGAUGGAGUGAUCAAUGAACCGGUACCGGACUCCCCGCAAGGACGCAACAUCUCUGUCAACGCGGCUAUACUUUUGCCGUACGCCGUCGGACACCUUACUCUAAACUCCUCGGAUCCCCUAGACCCGCCGCAGUUCUACCCUGGCUAUUUCGAGGACCCCAGGGACUUGGUCAUGAUCAGGGAUGGAGCCAGAUACCUUCAGAGAAUUGUUAACACCACAGUCCUUAGAGACAAGUUCGGCGUAGAGCUAGACAGCCGAUAUACAUCCAAGUGUAGCUCCAAGGCGUGGUCGGCCAAGUGGGUGGAAUGCAUGGCGCGAGUGCACACCGACCCGCAGAACCACCAGAUUGGUACGGCCGCCAUUGGCACCGUGGUCGAUACGCAGCUCAGAGUCAAACAAGUCACAGGGCUACGAGUGAUCGACGCAUCCGUGAUGCCAACCCAAGUGACCGGCAACCCACAAGGACCCAUCAUGAUGGUGGCCGAACGAGGUGCUGCCUUCAUCAAGAAGAACUGGGAACAGAACCAGUGGAGGGCUAAGCCUAUAUGGACCCCGACCGACACACCCUAUCUUUCUGAACUGCUUAUUAAGCCCAUCGUCCAUCAUCGACCAUUUUCAGGCACUGAGCGACAAAGUUAUUAG